AUGUUGGCCCAAGGAGACACGAAAGUCGCCUUGAACGUGGCGGCAUCAGGGCCGGGCGGUGAGGAGGCGGGCGAGAUCCGUUCGUUGGAAGUCGCUAACAAUGGAAACAUCAUCGACGAUGGCCUCCAACGAGGUCUCAAAGACCGUCAUCUCAUUAUGAUCAGUUUCGGCGGCGUCGUCGGCGCGAGUAUCUGGUACGGGACGGGUUAUGCGAUUGCUUACAGCGGGCCGGUGGGCGCCUUGGUCUGUUUCUUCGUCAUCGGUGUUGAUGUUUUCUUCGUCAUGCAGUGUCUUGGGGAGAUGUCGACUCUGUUCCCUAUUCAAGGUGCAUUCAUUGAGUUGGCCGGUCGGUUCGUCGAUCCAUCACUUUCUUUUAGUUUGGGAUGGAACUACUUUUACCUCUGGAUUACCAAUAUUGCUAGUGACUUCAACGCGAGCUCGAUCAUCAUGGGCUAUUGGACUGACGCUGUGCCCUCAUACGGUUGGAUCCUGCUUUGGUGGGCAUUCUACCAAGGUACCUCACUGCUCGGGGUCGUCGUGUGGGGAGAAAUGGAGUUCUACUUUGCGUGCUGGAAACUGACGUGUAUCCUGGGCGGAUUCCUGUGUGCUAUUCUUAUAAACACAGGGGCCGUUGGCGGAGACUAUAUCGGUUUUCGGUACUGGAGAGAUCCUGGGCCAAUCGCCAAUGGAAUUGAUGGAUUCGGCCAGUGUUUCUUGCUGGCGGCCGUUUACUACUGUGGUACGGAAAUGCUGGCGCUUACAGCUGCGGAAAGCAAGAACCCCUCGAAGGAUUUGCCUAAAGCCAUCAAAUCAACGUUUUGGAGAGUCUUGAUCGUUUUCUUGGGUCUGGUCUUCUUCGCAGGCAUAAUCGUUCCGUCAAACAGUCCAGGACUACUGACCGCAAGCACCCGAUCUGGCAAGUCACCCUGGACGAUCGCAUUUGAAACGGCCGGCGUACCACAGAUGGGGCAUGUUGUCAACGUCGUAAUGAUAACCGCCCAACUUUCCUCCAUGAACUCCGCCCUCUACGUCGCCUCCCGCAGCCUGGUCUCCCUGGCAUCCAACAAGCGCGCCCCCGCCAUUUUCGCCCGUACCACCAGUAACGGCACCCCCGUCAACGCCCUCGUCUUCUCCAACCUUCUGGGCCUAAUCGCCAUGCUCAACUACAAAGCCGGCCCAGGCAAAGUCUUCAGCUACCUGACUGCCAUCAGCGGCUCCGCGACGUACAUUGCCUGGGCCUUCAUCGGCGUCACGCAUUUGCGCUUCCGGCAGGCUUGGGUCAUUCAGGGGCAUGCGUUGGAGGAGUUGCCGUUUCGGGCGCUGUGGUAUCCGUAUGGGACAUGGUUUGUUGUGAUUAUUAACACGGUUUUGGUCUUUAUUGCUGGGUAUGGCGUGUUUAUUGGUGGAUUUGAUGCGGUAGGGUUCGUGGUUAAUUAUAUUGUUGUUGCUGUGUUUGUGGUGCUGUACAUCGGCUGGAAGGUUAUUAAACGAACUAAGGUCGUGCCCCUGAUGGAGGUCGAUCUCAUUUCGGGGAGGAGGGAUGUUCCCGUCGAUUCGGGGAGAUCACGGUGCCGUGGUAUGUCAAGAUCAAACGGUUCAUUUUCGCGUAGGGAGUUACAUAUCAGGGAAACUCUUCAUGUACAGAGGAAAUAG